AUGUGGUGUCUCCCUUCACUCUGGGACUUGGACUGCCUGCCUGAUUUCCUCCCAGACGACCUCAGCCAGAGCGAGUCGCAGUACCGAUACUGGAUCCGCCUGGAGCUUUUGAUGCUCUUUUCGGACAACAAGCUUAAUGAGCUCCCGCAAGGUGUUGGUAUUGUCCAAGGGGACCCUGGUCCCACCUGCAUGUGGACUUGGGGGGCGGCAUUCGGGGGCCAUUACUUCCUGGUAGUGGUGGACGCCUUUUCGAAGUGGCUGGAAGUUCUACCUGUCACCACUCCAUCAGCAGGCGCGACCAUUGCAGCACUACGACAUGUCUUCACCGCCCAGAAGUUGCCGGACGUCAUCGUGUACGACAAUGGUCCUGCUUUCUUCAGCACAGAGUACCUGGCCUGGCUGACGAAGAACGGAAUCCGCCGGAUGAUGGUUCCGCUGUACCACCCUGCUUCAAACGGUGCAGCCGAGCGGGUGGCGGAAAUCAAGGACAAGCUCAAGAGCCAGACUGAGGAUUUCCGGGUGCAGAUUGCCUGGAUACUGUUCUAG